AUGGACCCGGAGAGCUGCGCGCCUUUCGGCGUGGGGCCCGGGCCUCGCCCCUACGCGGCCGCCGGGGAUGAGCCUCCGGGCCCCCAGGGGACCCCGGCCGCCGCGCCUCACCUGCACCCUGCGCCACCCCGCGGCCCGCGGCUGACCCGCUUUCCGGCCUGCGGGCCCCUGGAGCCCUACCUACCGGAGCCGGCCAAGCCGCCCGCCAAGUACCUGCAGGACCUCGGCCCCAGCCCGGCGCUCAACGGCGGCCACUUCUACGAGGGCCCCGCGGAAGCUGAGGAGAAGGCCUCCAAAGCUGCCAGCUUCCCCCAGCUGCCCUUGGACUGCCGAGGGGGCCCCCGAGACGGGCCCUCUAACUUGCCAGGCUCCCCAGGCCCCUGCUUGGCCAGCCUGCGUGUCCCUCUGUCCCCGGGACUCCCUGACUCCAUGGAGUUGGCCAAGAACAAGAGCAAGAAGCGCCGUAACCGCACGACCUUCAGCACGUUCCAGCUGGAGGAGCUGGAGAAAGUCUUCCAGAAAACCCACUACCCUGAUGUGUAUGCCCGGGAGCAGCUGGCUCUGCGCACGGACCUCACCGAGGCCCGGGUACAGGUCUGGUUUCAGAACCGCAGAGCCAAGUGGCGGAAGCGUGAGCGUUAUGGGAAGAUCCAGGAGGGGCGGAACCCCUUCACGUCUGCCUAUGACAUCUCCAUGCUGCCCCGAACCGACAGCCAUCCCCAGCUGCAGAACUCCCUGUGGCCCAGUCCAGGGUCUGGGAGCCCCAGGGGGCCCUGCCUCAUGUCUCCAGAGGGCAUCCCCUCCCCAUGCAUGUCUCCAUACUCCCACUCUCAUGGGAAUGUGGCUGGCUUCAUGGGGGUACCAGCCUCUCCUGGAGCCCACCCUGGCAUCUACUCCAUCCAUGGCUUUUCCCCUGCCCUAGGGGGCCCCAGCUUUGAGCCCUCCCCGGAUGGUGACUAUAAGUCUCCAAGCCUCAUCUCACUCAGGGUGAAGUCCAAGGAGCCACCCAGCCUGCUGAACUGGACCACAUGAUCUGUCACGUGGACAUGCAGACUGAGCUGCCCAACCCCGUUUCUGUUUCCAGCUGCUCCCACCCCACCCCGGCCUGGAUGCCAGAGAGGACACACCUCUGCCUCCAAGGCCCAGAUGGUUCCUGGAGGCCCCGGCAGAGCAGCUGGGACCCUCAGGCUUCCGCAGGCAACAAGCUACAGAAUCUUUUCUGUUAGAAUAAGGUGAGGCUGCCCAGGAGAAAAGGGGCUUCAAAGCAGGUAGGACUCUUCCUACCACACACUGGGUCCCCUCCCCCAAACCCUGGGCCAGAGGGAAAAAGAUACUGCCCUGCUUCCUUCAGACUUUGUCUGAGUUUAACUGUCAUCCCUCCAGCUGAAACAACUUAACUGGCGCUUCAUUCAGGGAAUGCAGGAAAAUGGGAGGACGAAACAGGUUGAACUGGGCGGCGCUCUCUGCCUCUUAGGGGAAACAGUCUUGUAUGACAACCUAGGGCCAGCCUCACUUCCCCCUCCCACCACAAGGGGGCGUGCACCCAGCAUCUGGCGCUGACAAGGGCCUGUAAACUGGAGGUCAGUGUAAAAGGUACGCCUUCUCCCCUGCUCAGCCGUCUCUACUCUUGACCUGCAACAUGUGCCCCCUCCUGCAACAUGCUAUGGAGUCCUCUUACCCCUCCAAGGGGCAGAAACUCCACCAGAAAUCACCAAAUAUUUGGAUUCUCUUCCAUGAGAUCAGGCCAGAGCAAUGCCAUAGAAACCUUAGGCUCCCUUGGUUUACUCAUUGGCUGUUGGUAAGAAUAAAACAGAUUUCCACAGACUCAACCCCUGAGAUUCCAAACCCCACUUUUGUAAAGGUACUUUUGUAAAAAAUGUGCUGCCCAGCAUAAUAAUAAAGGUGGCAGUAUUUUUUAUACCAGGUGAUUGUGUAUCCUCAGGGUUUGGCACUUGGUUGCUCUAAGGCUGGUCUGUGCCCGGGGUCCAAGCAGGGAUCCUAGAGGCUAGGGGAAGAUGGGCCUGCGGCCAGCCCUCAAUGUGUGCCACGCCUGGCUCUGUCACCUGCUCGGGGUCUCUGUGGCUUCGGCUGGUACAAGGAGGAAGGGGGAAAAGCCCGGCUCUAGGGUUGCUGGGCUCAUCUGGAAGGGAAAAUGUGGCAUGGGAAGGGGAGUGAGAGCGCUGAAAUAAGAUUGUGGCUGAACGGACACUGGAGGGGAAAUGGAACGGAAGUCCGGGGAGCCCACCGAGGGUUCUGAGCUCCCCUAGGCUGGGACCCCAGAGUAGUGGGGGUGUGCCCAUUCCCUGCUCCCAGACGCCCAAGAGCAUGUCUGAGCUGUAGGGCAGAGACGAAAGCCAGGACUCUUUCUUGUGGUUUGAGAGUAUUACCCAUUCUAUCCUUCAUCCCCGCUUUCUGCCUUAUCUUCCUGGAAGGCAGGAAAAAAGCAGGCCUGGCCCUCCCACCCUCCC